AUGAUGAGGUCUGUUCUCAAAUUAUCCAGAUUUUCAGAUAUUGCAUAUAUUUCACGACGUUAUGCCUCGUCUUCCAUUGCAUCAACACCAAAAAGUAAAGUUGUUAAAACUACUGAUGAGGCACUUGAUGGAGUGGGUUCAAACAUCACCUUGUUAUCCGGUGGUUUUGGGCUUAGUGGUGUUCCUGAUACUUUAAUCAAUGCCAUGGUUAACAAGCCCGGAAUCAACAAUAUCACUGCUGUAUCGAAUAAUGCUGGUCUUGAAGGCCGUGGUUUGUCACAAUUAUUGGUCACUGGACAAAUAACAAAGAUGAUCAGUAGUUAUAUUGGAAGUAAUCGGACUUUUGAAAAAUUGUACCUUACUGGACAAAUUGAUUUGGAGUUGACACCUCAGGGGAAUCUUGCAGAGAGGGUUAGGGCUGGCUCUGCUGGAAUACCGGCAUAUUACUCACCAGUUGGCGUUGGCACAUGGUUGGAGGAAGGAAAAUUGCCAGUUCGGUACGAUUCAAAUGGAGAAAAAGUGCUCAAAUCAAGUGAGCCAAGAGAGACAAGGGAAUUUGAUGGGAAAAAGUUUUUGUUGGAAAAGGCCAUAUUUGGCGACGUGGCUGUAGUCAAAGCAUACAAGGCAGAUACAUUGGGUAAUUGUUGGUUUAGAGGCUCAGCAAAUAAUUUCAAUUCGAUUAUGGGGAAAAACGCCAAGUUGACAAUUGUUGAAGCUGAAAACAUUGUUGAGCCAGGCGAGAUCCCACCUGAAGAUGUCCAUUUGCCUGCAAUUUAUGUUGACCGUAUCAUCCAAUCAACGACACCAAAGGAUAUUGAAAUUUGUAAAUUUUCCGAAAAUGUAGAAAUUAAUGAUGGAAAAGAAGAGGGAUCGGCAGCAGCAACAGCAGCAGCAGCAGCAACAGUAACAGCAGAAACAGCCUCUAUUGAAAACCCACAAUCUGCUAGUGAGUUAAAGAGAGCUAAAAUUGUUCGCAGGGCUGCGCAGGAGUUCAAGGAUGGGUCUUUUGCUAAUUUGGGUAUUGGUAUGCCUACAUUAGCGCCAAAUUAUUUACCUCAAGGAAUACACGUGGUGUUGCAAUCUGAGAAUGGUGUUUUGGGACUUGGUCCAUACCCUAAACGUGGCGAAGAAGAUGCUGAUUUAAUCAAUGCUGGUAAAGAAACAAUUACGCUAAACCCAGGUGCCUCGCUAUUUGGUUCUGAAGAAUCGUUUGCCAUGAUUAGAAGUGGUAAAAUUGAUUUGACCAUCUUGGGUGGCUUGCAAGUUGCAGCGAAUGGAGAUUUGGCUAAUUGGGGUUUGCCUGGUAGAGUUAAAGGAAUGGGCGGUGCAAUGGACUUGGUGAGUAAUCCUGAUAAUACCAGGGUUGUUGUGGUUAUGGAACAUGUUGACAAAAAGAAUAGGCCCAAGAUUUUGGAGACUUGCCAGUUCCCCUUGACUGGACAAAAGUGUGUUUCAAGGAUAAUCACCGACUUGGCAGUGUUUGAUAUAGUUGACGAGAAACUCGUGUUGAUUGAAAUCGAUCCAGACACAACUUUGGAAGAAGUAAAGGCAAAGACGGGAGCAAACUUUACGGUUUCGCCCGAAUUGAAAAAAAUUAGUAUCUAG